CGCGAUUUUAUGUCUCUGAUCUGAGAUUUAAGAGGCGAGACUCACCAACUUUUGCGUUGCUCUCUCUCCCCCCACACCCACACCACGACCACUGCGCUGCUGCCCAUGGAUUCCAUCCGACACAGGAGCCAGUCGUUCUCGCUCUUUCCUCGCGACUUUCGCAGUUUCGCGUUCGGCCGUGCAGGCAAGGCGCGCUCGACUACUGUUGAUGGACAGGUCCAGGUUACCCCAGUCCCGUCGUCCACAUCGCAGCAAAGCCGCACCCCGGUCCCCUCUCGCCUCCCUGCCAGCGUCCAGCACCUCCCUCCCGAGAUCGUGCUCAAUAUCCUUGGCUUCGCGCUGCCAUCACUUCACGACAAUGCGCUCAACUUCAGACGCCACCCAAACGCCUUUUUCGACACCGUCGAGGCCCAGCAGGAUUUCCGCAGGGUGCUGAAGGAGACCCAGACCUGCCUCGUCACCGCGGCGCUUAUCUCCAGAGCCUGGUAUCCUGCUGCUGUCGAAUACCUCUAUGGAUGCCCGUUCCUCUACUCCUCGGCAGCCGCGGUCGCAUUGUCACGCACGCUCGAGAACGCGCCGCGCCUCAGGCAUCUGCUCAAGGAGGUCUGGAUGUUCAACUUCAGCGAGGAAGGCAACAGGCUCUCAGACCCACUCGGGACGAAGCGCAAGAACACCAAGCGUAUCCAGGCGGACAUGACCCGCACCCUUCGCAAAUACACCAUCCUCGACUCUUUCAUCGUCUGCAACUACGGCCUCGCCCGCCAAGACGGCGACAAACAGCCCUUCCCCAUCGACAACGUCGUGGUGUACGGCCUGCCGGCGCGCCCCGACAGCGACGCCGCGAUCCCGCACCUGACGCUCUACGGCCCGAGCUUCUUCAACGAACCCUGGGCGCGGCACGCGAAGCCGCACAACCUCGACCCGGCGCGCCUCACGCGCCUGUGCCUGCGCGACAUCCCGCCGAGCAGCGCCGCGACGAAGUGCGCGCCGUACGUGCCGACGCUCCCACGCGUGCACACGCUGCAGGUCGCGCUCGUGCGGCACGGGUGCGCGCCGCUCGUGUCCGCGGGGACGCUGCCGGCGCUGCGCGCGCUCGAGGUGUACCGCGACGUCCGGGACGCCGCGCCCGCGGCCGGCAUGCGCGCCGUCGUCGUCGAGGAGGCCGUCGUGCGCCGCCUCGAGCGCCUGCACGUCGUCGGGCGCGCGAUCGAGCGCCUGCAGUUCCGUGCGUGGGCAGACGCCGCGCUCUUCGAGGCCCUCCGCCACCUCGUCGUGGGCCCGCUCCACCCGGACGACGGCGAGUUCUUCGCCAAGGACUGGCGCGUGCCUGAUACCCUGGAGACGCUCGUCGUCGUCGUGUGGCACGGCCGCCGCCGCGCGGGCGCGGACGCGGAGCAGAAGAAGGACGAGAAGGAGGGAAGGAGGUUGGAUGCGGAGGACGAGGAAGAGGUCAAGGACGUGUUCCGCGCGGUUCUCGCGUGCGUUCACCGCAACAGACAGGCGCGCUCGUUCAAGCGGCUGACCGUCAGAGCCGUCACCGCGCUGCCCCGCGCGGUGCAGGGUUUGGUUGGCGAGUUGGAGUACGAGUGUGCUUCGCACAGCUGGCAGUUUGCGUUGUGCGAGAACGGUGAGCGUCGUGUGCUUCUCGUGUGUUGACCAUGGCGUACUGAGGCUAUGCGUAGAUUUCGACCAGUGGAUUGCGCAACGACUUAGCAGCGACAGCCACGAUGAAUCAUCUUCGAAUUGAGUAUUUGCAUGUGUUGUUUUCCCCGGAUCCCCAGCAUUGUCGUCGCAUUUUGAUCAGCUAUAUAAUAUACCCACCAUCUCACCUGACAAGCAUUCCUGCCUCAGCCGCGUGACUCACUUCGUGCGUCAUUUCUCUACUU